AUGGAUCCCUCAGCAAGCAGCACCGCGACCAACACAGCUCGACUGUCUGCCGAUUCGACCCGACCAGCUGAAGAUGCCGUCUUUGACUACCUGCCAGCCUCGCAGGAGGAGUAUGCCGCCGUAGAGAAGGAGUUGGUGCGCCGGAUCGACUGGACCCUGAUGCCCGUCAUGAUUUCCAUGAUUGUUCUGAACUAUCUCGAUCGCAACGCACUGCCCAAUGCGCGCAUCCAAGGCAUCGAGAAGGACCUCCAUCUGCAAGGGAACCAGUUCAACAUCUGCAUCUCGGUCCUGUUCGCAGGCUAUCUGACUCUGCAAAUCCCCUCCAACCUCAUCCUCACCCGGGUCAGGCCGAGCAUCUAUCUGCCCACAUGCAUGGCCCUCUGGGGCGUCGUCUCGGCAUCCACCGCCGCCGUCCAUGACUUCAGGGGACUCGUCAUAUGCCGCUUCUUUCUGGGCUUCCUCGAAGCCCCCUUCUUCCCUGGCGCGCUCUUCCUGCUGUCGAGCUGGUACACGCCGCGCGAGCUGGCCACGCGAACGGCCGUCAUGUACACGGGGAGCCUGCUCUCCAGCGCCUUUGGCGGCCUCGUCGGCGCCGGUGUGCAGUACGGCCUCGAUGGCGCCCGGGGCCUGCACGCAUGGCAGUGGAUGUUUGUCAUCGAGGGCGCCGCGACCGUGGCCGUGUCCCUGGCGUCCAUCUUCGUUCUGCCCGAUUUCCCAGCGACCACGGCGUGGCUGUCGAGCCAGCAGAGGGCGGUUGCCAUGCACAGACUGCGCGUGCACAGCGGGAGCGUCGACGAGGAAAAGGGCUCCGUGCUGCAGGGCCUCAGGAUGGCGCUUUUGGACUACAAGGUCUGGCUGCUGACGCUGAUUGUCAUUCUCAAGACGUCCGCCGCCGCUGUCACGGCCUUUAUCCCCACGCUGGUGGCUACAUUCAACUUUGGCAAGAUCGAAUCGCUGCUCAUGACGGCUCCGCCGUAUGUGUUUGCCGCUGUUGUUGCCAUGGCAGUCUCCGUGGCGAGCGACAAGCUGGAGGAGCGGUACUGGCACCUCGUUUGCCCGCUGGCCGUUGGCAUGGUCGGCUUCAUCGUUGCCGCGUGUACUCAUUCGUUGGCGCCGAGAUAUUUCUCCCUGUUCCUCAUGCUGGGUGGCGUGUACGGAUGCUUCGACAUUACGUAUGCUUGGCUGUCGUCGACUUUGCCCCGACCCCUGGAGAAGCGCUCGGCAGCCUUCGCCAUCACGAACAUGGUCGGCAACAUUGCCCAGGUCUACUCGCCCUACCUGUAUGACAAAUCGACGGGGCCGCAAUACCUGCCUGCCAUGAUUUCCAACAGCGCUUUUGUAUUCGGAUCUAUGGUGGCUGCUACUGCGCUGCUCUUUUGCUUGAAAUGGGAAAAUCGGAAGCUUGAUGAGGCCGAGGCCGUCCUUGAUGAGGAGCCACGCCGAGAGGACGAUGCUCCGGCCAAGAGUACCAGUAUUGUGGAGUCUAGAUUCGAAGGAACUGUAAAGUUGAAUAGAGGCUUUAGAUACAUGCUUUAG